ACAAUCUCUUCUUCACCCUCUCCCGUAAGCUCCUCACUAUAUUCCCUCUCUCUCUCCUCAUGCCCAAAUCCAAUGACGCCGAUGUCGCAGAAUCCGAAGCCGUUCCGUUGCUCGAUCUUGCCAAGCCGUCGUUACCUAUAUCUUUCCCGAUCAAAUCUCUUCAAGACCUCAAAUCUCGAUCUUACUUCGAUUCCUUUCACUUCCAGUUUAAUCGCUCUACUGUUCCUCUCCGGCGAGGCUCCGAUGACUUACCGAAUCGUCCAAGGGUUUUAGUCUGCCAUGACAUGAAAGGAGGGUAUGUAGAGGACAAGUGGGUACAAGGGUGUGAAAACGAUGCCGGAUUUGCGAUUUGGCAUUGGUAUUUGAUGGACAUUUUUGUUUACUUCUCUCAUUCACUGGUUACUCUUCCUCCUCCUUGCUGGACUAAUACUGCUCACAGGCAUGGUGUUAAAGUAUUGGGGACUUUCAUCACAGAGUGGGAUGAAGGAAAAGCUACCUGCAAAGAGAUGCUUGCCACAAAAGAGUCUGCUCAGAUGUAUGCAGAGCGUUUGGCAGAACUUUCUACUGCUCUAGGCUUUGAUGGAUGGCUGGUAAAUAUAGAGAAUGAAGUAGAUGAAGAACAGAUUCCAAAUAUGAAGGAAUUCGUAAGCCAUCUGAAAAAAGUCUUGCAUUUAUCUACACCUGGGGCUUUGGUUAUAUGGUAUGACAGUGUCACUGUUCGUGGUAAUCUUCAAUGGCAAGAUCAAUUGACUGAGCUGAACAAACCUUUCUUUGACUUAUGCGAUGGAAUAUUCAUGAACUAUACAUGGAAGGAGAGCUACCCAAAACUAUCAGCUGAAGUUGCCGGGGACAGAAAGUUCGACAUCUACAUGGGAAUUGAUGUCUUUGGUCGGGGCUCUUUUGGUGGUGGGCAAUGGACUGUAAAUGCUGCUCUUGAUUUGCUGAAGAGAAACAAUGUGUCAGCUGCCAUAUUUGCUCCUGGAUGGGUUUAUGAGACUGCACAACCCCCCAAUUUUCAUACAGCUCAGAAUAAAUGGUGGUCACUUGUCGAGAAGUCAUGGGGAAUAGUCCAAACUUAUCCACAAGUCUUGCCUUUUUACUCAGAUUUCAAUCAGGGAUUUGGUUACCAUGUUUCACUCGAAGGUCGCCAACUGUCAGAUGCUCCAUGGUACAACAUUUCUUGCCAAAGUCUUCAGCCUCUCUUAGAAUUCAAUGAAGAAGACAACAAAGAUAUCAUCCACGUCACUGUUGAUGCUCGAGAGGCAUCUUUUAACGGAGGAGGGAACAUUGCUUUUAGAGGAAAACUCAAGGGAGAUGCGUAUUUCACAACAAGGCUCUUCAAACCCCAUCUUCAGCUUUCAUCUUCCCCCAUCACAAUCUCCUACUCUGUGAAAUCAGAUGAAACCUCUAAACUUGGAAUCCUGCUUUCUUUCUCAUCUCCAUCACAGGAGACGAAAUCCAUUCUCGUUGCCCCACAAGAUUCCAUCCGUAGAUUCAACGACAUGUUCUUACAGUGUCUCGCCACAUCAGCGCAGACUGUAUCCGAGUGGACGGUACAAGAGACAAGCCUUGUCAUGGAUGGUCACACACUGACCGAAAUCUCUUCCUUUUGCUACAGACCAGAGAAUUCGACAAAGAGUGCAGAAUAUGUUGCAUUGCUGGGACACAUCUCAAUCAAAGAUCAUGUUCAGUCCCAGCAGAAACCCGAGACUUUACUUCCAGCAUCACCGUGGGUCAUCGAAGCUCAUAAUAUAGAGCUUGUACAGGGUAAUUCUGGUUCUAAGAGCCUCAGGGUUAAGCUAGAAUGGAGACAGAAAGACCUUGAAGAUUCUGCAUUCCCAAAAUACAAUGUGUAUGCAGAGAAUGUGAAGUCGACUGAUCUAAGAUCGAGGAAGGUGCUAGAGAAACCGAUAAGUGAGACAGUGUUCAUUGGAGUCACUCACGUACCAGUCUAUUACGUAGGGGAACUGGUGGUAGAAUCAGACGUGAAAGGAGUCCGCUUCGUAGUUCAAGCCUGUGGCAAAGAUGGUUCAUGGGCCAAGUUGGAUGAUUCCCAUAAGCUUCUAGUUGAACUGGAAGGUCUCUCGUUUAAAGAUUCGUCGUAGGUUGUUGCUUCACGCCAAAAUCUAAAAACUGUGAAACAAUAAAUAUUUUUUAAAAUC